AUGACCACAUCCAAUCCAUUAAUGUUUCUCUCUCUUCUAAUAUAUAAAUAAAAAAUUAACUUAAAUGUUUUAAUCUAUUUAUAAUCAAAGUCUCCUAUGUUACUUGUUCUGCUUAUUCCAGAAACCACAUAUUUAUGACCUUUCCAUCAAAUUAACUUAUUUUUUUACCCAAACUUCCAAAUUUCUUCUUUAAUUCAAUUACGUUUCUCUCUCUUUUCAUUCAAUCUAUAAUUAUUAUUUCUUUAAUCCCUUUUUUUAUACAUCUCUAAUCAGUAUUUCUAGAAUUAAAAUGAUCGGAAAAGAAAAAGAAGCUGAAAUAGAUAAGCUUCCAACUGAUCUUCUUUCUCAUAUAUUCUUCCUUUUCUCUUCUUUCACUGAUUUAGCUCAGGCAAGUUGUGUAUGUAAGAAAUGGAUGGAAGGUGUGAAACAGUCUUUAGGAAGGAAAGAAAGUCUAAGCUUUUCAGGGUAUAAAAUGGAUGAUGCAUCUACUUCUCGCCUUAUUCACCUUGCCUUUUCUGUCAAGGAACUUGACAUUUCGAGAAGUCGAUGGGGUUGUCAAAUAACAGACAAUGGGCUGUUUGAGAUAUCAAUGGCCAAGUGUGUUGGCAAUUUGACAUCAAUUUCACUGUGGGGUAUGACUGGAAUCACUGAUAAGGGUGUUGUCCGUUUGGUUUCAAGAGCAACUUCCUUACAGCACCUAAACAUAGGCGGGACAUUCAUCACCGAUGAAUCCCUAUUUGCCAUCGGAAACAGCUGUCCACAUUUAAAGACAAUAGUGUUGUGGAGCUGCCGUCAUGUGACUGAGAUCGGACUUCUCUACCUCGUAAAUAAAUGCAGGAUGCUCACAUCCAUCAAUGUUUGGGGUACGCGGGUUCCUGUACAUUGCUUUAUCGGCCUGCUAACUAUAAGCCCCACUCUCCAAAUCAAACCUACAGGCCUCCUUCCCAACAAUGGAGCUAUUGCUGUUUGAAUCCAUCAGCUUUAUUUGGAAAACUCGAUCAUUCCGAGCUUAUUAUGCACAUGCCUUUAUCAUAUCAGAUGAACAGAAAUAUGGAAGUAAUUGUUCUUUUAAAUUAUUGUAAAUAUCUGCUACAUAAAAGCAAUGUAUUCAUUUGUGCUGAACUCUAUUACAUUUCUAUUAUCAAUAAUAAAGACUACUAUACUAUUUGAUUCUUCAA